UAACCCCGUUUCCUCCGCCCAUAAUAAUAAACUAAUUCAUUUUAUAAACUUCUGGUUUUCACUUUCACAUACAAACUCUCUCUUUCACAGAACAAGAGAGAAAGAAAAAGAAGCAGAAGAAGGUGUGUGUGUGAACAAGGAGGACCCCACACACACCUUGUAUUGUUUUUUCUCUCAAUCAAAUCUCCUCCUAAAUCAACAAAUUAAUUAAUUAAAUAAUUAAUCAAUCUUUUUAGUACUACUACUUUUCUUGAAAUUAAAUUUGACUUUAUAAUCGCGUGCACUUCUACUUUUCCCUCUUUUUCUGCAAUUCUCAAUCAUCUACGACUCGUUGCGUUCUUACUCGUUUUUGAAUCAUUCGUCUCUCGCUGCUUCAACAGGAAGGAACUGUUAUUCUAUGAAUUGAACAUAUAGAUAUUUGAUUUUAUGGGUUGGUUUAGUAGAAUUUUUAAAGGCUCUGACCAUAGGGUUUCUGAAGGGCAUUACUAUAAAGAUGAUCCUGGUUAUUACUUGCCAUCAACUUCAGGGGAUGUUUGGACUGAGAACGGGAAUGAAGAUAUAGAUCGCGCUAUUGCGUUGUCGCUUGCGGAAGAAAAUCAGAAAGCGAAAAAUGUAAAUGACCACAAGUCACAGUUAGAAGAAGAUGAACAACUUGCCAGAGCUAUAGAAGAAAGUCUAAAUUUGGAGUCACCUCCCAAACAUGGAAAUGAUAACAAUACAACGUAUCAACCAAUUCAGUAUUUCCCGAUGGGGUACAGGAUAUGUGCUGGCUGCAAUACUGAAAUUGGUUAUGGGCGAUAUCUAAAUUGCUUAGGUGCAUUCUGGCAUCCUGAAUGCUUCCGCUGUCGUGCUUGCAACCUACCUAUCUCUGAUUAUGAGUUUUCCACGUCUGGAAAUUACCCUUACCAUAAAGCAUGCUAUAAGGAAAGCUACCAUCCAAAAUGUGAUGUCUGCAAGCACUUCAUUCCAACAAACCCUGCUGGUCUUAUUGAAUAUAGGGCACACCCAUUCUGGAACCAGCAUUAUUGCCCUUCACAUGAACAUGAUAAUACUCCUCGCUGUUGUAGCUGUGAGCGAAUGGAGCCACAAGGGACAGGAUAUAUUGCCCUUAAGGAUGGAAGGAAACUCUGCUUAGAGUGUCUUGAUUCUGCUAUCAUGGAUACUACCGAAUGCCAGCCCCUUCAUGCGGAUAUACUAAAGUUCUAUGAAAGUAUAAAUAUGAAACUGGAUCAGCAAGUUCCUUUACUGUUGGUUGAAAGACAAGCACUGAACGAAGCAAGGGAGGGAGAGAAGAAUGGCCACUAUCACAUGCCUGAGACCAGAGGACUCUGCCUCUCUGAGGAACUCAGCACUAUUUCUAGACGACCCAGACUUGGGACAGGAAAUAGAGCAAUGGACAUGAGAGCGCAACCAUACAAACUGAGUUCACGCUGUGAUGUGACAGCAAUUCUCAUUCUAUACGGUCUUCCAAGGUUACUUACGGGAUCAAUUCUUGCACAUGAGAUGAUGCAUGCGUGGCUGCGGCUAACAGGUUUUCGGACUCUUAGUCAAGAUGUUGAAGAAGGUAUCUGUCAGGUUUUGGCUCACAUGUGGUUGGAGUCUGAGCUUUCUUCUGCAUCAGGAAGCAAUGUUGUAUCAGCCUCAUCCUCAUCUGCAUCAUAUACAUCUAAGAAAGGUAAAAGACCCCCUUUUGAGAGGAAGCUUGGGGAGUUCUUCAAGCACCAGAUUGAAUCAGACAUUUCCCCGGUUUAUGGAGAUGGAUUUAGGGCAGGUCAAAAAGCAGUUCGCAAGUAUGGCCUACAGAGGACCCUUCACCAUAUCAAGAUGGCGGGGAGUUUCCCAUUUUAAGUAUAGAUAUCUCCCAUUUAACUGAUUGUUUCUCAUUCUUUUUAUAGAUAAAGCCUGGCCUGUUAUUGAAAACAGCAGCUUAGGUACUUUGGCAUUAGCGUUGUUGCAGUGCUGAUUUUUUUUGAACUUGUAAUUAAUUGAUACCUUUGCUCAUGUAUUGAUUACAUUCAUAUGAUUUUUUAAAUAUAUUUUAAUCACACGAGUAAUUAUUUGUAUAA